GAAGGCCACAAACACUCUGUCCUUCACACAAACCUCUCUCUCCUAACUUUUCAGUGAUUCUCAAACAUUAAGACAAAUUAACACUCAAACCCACACACCUGUUUUCUUCAUGUGCUCUCUCUUUCUUCCCUAACUAACUCCUGUUCAUUACUCUUAAUCACUUAUUUAAACCCUUGAUUUUCAAAUUUGUCUCUCUAAUUAUUAAGUUAAUUACUCCGUAGUUAGCUAGAGAGAAAAAUGGAUGUAGAAAGGGGAAAAGCAAUGCAAAAGAAUAAUACUAAUAAUAAUAAUGGAGAGUCAGAUGAAAUGAGUACAACUACCGUUGAUUGGAGAGGCAGACCUUCCAAUCCCAGUAAACAUGGUGGGAUGCGCGCAGCCGCUUUCGUUCUCGGGGUACAAGGAUUUGAGAUAAUGGCAAUAGCAGCUGUUGGGAACAAUUUGAUAACGUACGUGAUAAAUGAGAUGCACUUCCCUCUUUCAAAGGCAGCCAAUAUAGUUACCAAUUUUAUUGGUACCAUUUUCCUUCUCGCUCUCUUUGGUGGUUACCUAUCCGAUUCUUAUCUUGGAAGCUUUUGGACCAUGCUCAUCUUUGGCUUCGUUGAACUUUCUGGGUUCAUACUGCUAUCAGUACAAGCUCAUGUAGCACAGCUAAAGCCAGCAUUGUGCAACAUGGUAGCACAAGAAAGCAAUGGAAAAGUUUGUGAAGAAGCAAAGGGAAUAGAAGCUUUGAUAUUCUUUAUGGCACUAUACUUGGUUGCACUAGGAAGUGGGUGCGUAAAGCCAAACAUGAUUGCUCAUGGAGGCGAUCAGUUCAACUCAAAGCAAUCUAAGAAACUGUCGACCUACUUCAAUGCCGCCUACUUUGCUUUUUCUGUUGGUGAGCUCGUCGCCUUAACGGUUCUUGUUUGGGUCCAGACUCAUUCCGGUAUGGAUAUCGGAUUUGGUAUCUCCGCAAUUGUUAUGGCUAUGGGCUUAAUAUGCUUGGUUUCUGGCACUCUUGUUUACAAAAACAAAAGACCGCGUGGAAGCAUUUUUACUCCUAUUUCUCAGGUAUUGGUGGCCGCAUUUUUAAAGAGGAACAAAGUUUGUCCAUCAGAUGUGAAGGUGCUUCAUGGGAACUCUAAUUCCAACAACCUUCACUAUACUAGUUACAAUGCAUCUGACAGUUUGAUACAUACCGAAAGAUUCAGGUUUUUGGACAAAGCAUGCAUCAAAGUAGAAGAAGGAUCAAGUUACAAAAGAGAAGGAGGAUGGAGAUUAUGCAGUGUAACUCAAGUAGAACAAGUGAAAAUAUUAAUAUCAGUACUACCAAUCUUUGCUUGCACCAUAGUAUUUAACACAAUAUUAGCUCAACUACAAACCUUUUCAGUCCAACAAGGAAGUCAAAUGAACACAAAAAUAACAAAAUCAUUCAGCAUUCCACCCGCUUCUCUUCAAGCAAUCCCUUACAUUCUCCUCCUUUUCCUUGUCCCUAUCUACGAUAAAUUCUUUGUCCCAUUUGCCCGGAAAUUCACUGGACAUGAUUCUGGUCUCUCCCCUCUCCAACGCAUAGGGACUGGCCUCUUCAUUUCCACCUUUUCCAUGGUCUCAGCUGCCCUUAUGGAGAAACAUAGAAGAGAAACUGCGGUAAACCACCAAAAACUCCUCUCUAUCUUUUACAUAACACCACAGUUCCUCAUCUUUGGUUUAUCAGAGAUGUUAACAGCAGUAGGCCUUAUCGAGUUCUUCUAUAAGCAAUCCUUAAAAGGAAUGCAAUCUUUUCUUACUGCCAUGACUUAUUGCUCUUACUCCUUUGGCUUCUACUUCAGCUCUGUCUUGGUUACCCUUAUAAAUAAGGUCACCUCUUCUUCUAACAAAGGAUGGUUGACUGAUAAUGACCUAAACAAAGACAAGUUGGAUUUCUUCUAUUGGUUUUUGGCUGCUCUUAGCUUCCUCAACUUCCUCAAUUACCUCUUUUGGGCACAUUGCUUUUCUUAUAAUCCUUCUGUUUUGGCCACCUCUCAGCAACAUGUUUCUCCUCACGAUUUCAACUCUUCCCAGAUUAACGAGGACUAUAAUAAUAAUAAUAAUGUUGCUCCCCUUACUUAUAAAUCUUAAUUAACUUAACUAGCUAGAUUAAGUACAUUUUAUAAUGUCAUAAUAUAUUUUCUUACUAAUUAAUUACUAGCUUAUUUUUAUAUACUAUAUGUAUGUAGUUUUAUUACUAGUACGUUUACUAAGAUUGAAGUCAUGUACGGAGUAAUAGGAAUGAUAAAACCAUUGUAACUCCAUUUUAAUUAUCUAUAUUUUUCUAUCUUAAUUUGUAAUGCUGGAAAUAAUUAACAUGCACAUGGUUUACUCUCUUCCCAUUCCAUAUCAUUUUCCUUCUACUAA